AUGGCUAACUACCCAAGUGCGCCACAAGAUUUUACAUUAAGUUUCCUAGAGCAUAUCACAAACAAUUUCUCCGACGGAGUACGGAUUGGAAGUGGUGGGUUUGGUCACGUUUAUUGGGGUAUAUAUAGAGAUGAAAAGAUUGCUGUGAAGAAGCUCUAUGAUCAAAAUCCAGGAUUUGAUGACGCAGCCUUUAAAAAAGAAUUUAAUAACAGUUUCCAACUCCAUCAUCCAAAUAUUGUACGGUUAGUUGGCUACUGUUACGAAACACGAGAGAUAAAUAUGGAGGUAAGGCCGGGAGAUUAUCAAUUCGUAAAAAGAAUAGUGCGGAUCCUCUGCUACGAAUACUGUCAGGGCGGAAGCCUUGACAACUACAUUAACGAAAAAUUCAGAGAACGUGAUUUGGACACACGCCUCAAGAUUAUCAGAGGGAUUUCUGAGGGUUUAAAUUACCUUCAUUACGGGCAGGCGCAACAUAUGUAUCAUAUGGACUUAAAACCAGAAAAUAUACUGCUGGAUGAGAAGAAUAUGCCCAAAAUUGCUGAUUUCGGUCUGUCAAGAUUCUUGGCUAUGACGAAAACCCAUAUAACAACAAGUCAUACAACAGGAACAUUGGGGUACAUGCCACCAGAAUACUUUACCGGAAAAAAAAUCUCAAACAAGUUCGAUGUGUUCAGUUUGGGUGUUAUUAUUCUAGAAGUCUUGGCCGUACCUUUGGGUUACCGAAAAUAUGAUGACAUGUCUCCACGUGAGUUUGUUGAGCAAAAACUGGAACGAAAGGCCACCAAUGAUUACCUCAAGUGA